AGGGAAACGCAGACUGAAAACAGAGGCGGCUCGAUAGUUGCUAUGUGACACACAGCAGCCCGCACACUCAGCCAACUCACUCGGUUGUCAGCGUUGUGAUGGAGAACGAGGCGGAUGUCUUCUAUCGGCAGCUGCCGAAAGUGCUAACACGCUAACGUCUGCGUUCCACCUGUCGCCAGGAGCUGCACGCUCACCUCAACGGCUCCGUCAGCUCCCACACCAUCGAGAAGCUCAUCGACCGCAAACCGCAUCUCAACAUCGAGCACAACAUGACCGCGAUCGGCAAAGGCCAGCGGAGGACCCUGGACGAGUGUUUUCAGGUCUUCAAGGUCAUCCAUCAGCUGGUGGACACGGAGGAGGACAUCCUCAUGGUGGCCACAGAUGUGAUCAGGGAGUUUGCAGCUGAUUCUGUCAAGUACUUAGAGCUCAGAAGUACACCGAGGGAGGAGAAACACACAGGAUUGACAAAAAGGAGAUACAUUGAAACUGUCAUCAGAGCCAUCCAGCUGUGUAAAGAGGAGGGAUUGGACAUUGAUGUCAGGUUUCUCGUGGCAAUCGACCGCAGGAAUGGGCCACAGGUUGCCAUGGAGACAGUUGAGCUGGCCGAGGAGUUCCUGCUCUCCUCUAAUGGUUUGGUGGUGGGACUCGACCUGAGUGGAGAUCCAACGGUGGGCGAUGGAAAGUCUCUCCUUCCAGCUCUAGAGAGAGCCAAGAACUGUGGACUGAAGUUGUCACUGCACCUCUCAGAAGUACCGUCCCAGCUGGAGGAGUCCGAUUUGCUGUUGAAUCUUCCUCCUGACAGGAUCGGGCACGGCACAUUCUUGCAUCCGGAAGUGGGUGGAUCUCAAAUUCUGGUUGACAAAGUGCUGAAGAACAACAUACCACUGGAGCUGUGCCUGACAUCAAAUAUUAAAGGUCAAACUGUGCCGUGUUACUCCAAACAUCACUUUAAGUACUGGUACCAGCUCGGACAUCCAAGUGUCAUCUGUACUGACGAUAAGGGGGUCUUCAGUACAGACUUGUCUCAGGAGUAUCAGCUGGCAGCUUCCACAUUCGGUCUCAGUCGUGAGGCCGUGUGGAAGCUUUCCCAGCAGGCUAUCGAUUGUAUCUUCGCACCAGAGGCCGUGAAACAGCAGCUCAAACAGAAGUGGACUGAUUUACAGCCUCAGGUGUUCCAGUGAUCCGUUCAGCCUCAAGACAGCCAUAUACCUCAGGUUUCCGUAAAAAGGAACAAAAACUUUUCGUUAACUUUAUACAAGUCUUUGUAGAAAUCAUGACAUUAAAAAGGGAACUCUAAAAACUGCUGUUAACAAAUGUUUGAAAUAAGUGAAAGUAAAAAAUACUUAUUUAGUA